AUGCUGGAAGACCUCUUGAACUCGCUCACCGCCGAAGAAAAGCGUUUGUAUGAAAAUAAAAAACGAAUCAAGUAUCAUCAGAGAUGGGGCUCCUAUCUCUCUGAGAGACAAUGGGCCACUGUGAGGGAAGACUACUCAGCAUCCGGGUCUGCCUGGGAUGAUUUCUCGUUUGACCACUCCAAGUCCAGAACCUACCGAUGGGGAGAGGACGGAUUGGCCGGCUGUUGUGAUACCCACCAGUUGGUCUGUUUGUCAAUGGCGCUCUGGAAUGGUAAUGACGACAUCUUGAAGGAAAAGCUCUUUGGUGUGACAAACUCUCAGGGUAACCACGGUGAGGACGUCAAGGAGUUGUACUACUAUUUGGAUAAUACUCCAACUCACUCGUACAUGAAGUACUUGUACAAAUACCCGCAGGGUAAGUUCCCUUACGAACAGUUGGUGACCGAGAGUGGAAAACGUUCCAGAUUGGAACAAGAGUACGAGAUCACUGAAACGGGAAUCUUUGAUGAAGGCCGCUACUUCGAUGUCGUUCACGAGGUGGCAAAGUCUGACGAUGAUCCUGAGGAGUUGUUGUUCCGUAUCACCGCGUACAAUAGAGGUCCCGAAUCUGCCCCAUUGCACAUAUUGCCUCACAUUGUGUUGAGAAAUACUUGGUCCUGGGGCACGGAGGAGUCCAGCAAGGGUAAACCACAUAUGAGUGCUACUAGCGACUACUCCAUCCAGGUUGACCAUGGCAAGUUCGGCACCCGUCACGUUGUUUUCGCUCCAGCUCCCGGUGCCACCGAGAACUCUCCCGAUGUGGAACCUCAAUUGAUGUUUACCGAGAAUGAGACGAACAGCAAGCGUUUGUAUGGCCAGGAGAACAAGGCGAAGUACGUCAAGGAUGCGUUCCACGACUUUGUGGUGGAUAAAAAGACUGAUGCUGUCAACCCAGAUAGAGAAGGUACCAAGGCUGCAGCUAUGUUUUCAUUCGAUCAGGAUGGAGGCGUUCCUCCUGGAGAUUACGUUACCAUCCGUUACAAGUUGUCGAAGAGUGGCGAGGAGAUCGAUGAGUUCGAGUUUGAUAACGUAUUUGGAAGACGUCAGGACGAGGCGGAUGCCUUCUACUGGAAGGUCACACCUUUGCCUCUUUCUGACGACUUGAGACAAGUUCAGAGACAGGCUUUUGCCGGAUUGUUGUGGACUAAGCAGUUCUACCACUUUGUUCACUCUUACUGGCUGAGCGGUGAUCCAAACACCCCACCUCCACCAGAGAACAGAGCUAACGGCAGAAACAAGGACUGGAAGCAUUUGUACAUUGAUGACAUUUUGUCUUUACCUGACAAAUGGGAGUAUCCAUUCUUUGCCGCUUGGGAUACUGCUUUCCAUUGUAUUCCUUUUGCCAUGAUUGACCCGGAAUUUGCGAAGAAGCAAUUGACGCUUUUAACCAGAGAGUGGUACAUGCACCCCAAUGGUCAAUUGCCUGCUUACGAGUGGAAUUUCAGUGAUGUGAAUCCACCCGUUCAUGCUUGGUCAUGCUACAGAGUGUUCAAGAUCGAGAGAAAGAUGUACGGUAUUGAGGAUUUGGACUUUUUGGAGUCCUCUUUCCAGAAGUUGUUGCUUAACUUCACCUGGUGGGUUAACAGAAAGGACUCUGACGGUAAUAACUUGUUCGAGGGUGGUUUCUUGGGCUUAGAUAACAUUGGUGUUUUCAACAGAUCUGAGCCCUUGCCAACCGGAGGUACCUUGCAACAAUCCGACUCUACUGGAUGGAUGGCUUUCUACUGCUUGCAAAUGUUGAACAUUGCUUUAGAAUUAGCUAAGACGAGACCAGUCUAUGAGAAUAUUGCUUCAAAGUUCUUUGAGCACUUCAUGUUAAUUGCCGAUGCCAUGUCCUACCGUGGGGCCAAAAAGGGUGAGCUGCAACCAACGGAGCAGUCCUUGUGGGAUGAGAAGGACAAGUUUUACUACGAUGCUAUCCAUUUUGGCGACCACACCCAGUCUUUGCCUAUUAGAUCCUUGGUGGGUUUGAUUCCGUUGUAUGCUUCGUUAACUUUAGAGCCAGAAUUGUUGAACAAGUUCCCAUCUUUCAAGAAGAGAUUGGAUUGGUUUACAGAGAACAGAAAAUCGGUUGCCGAAAGAAAUAUGGCCUCUAUGUCUCACCGUGGUGUGGGCGAGAGAUUGUUGUUGUCGUUGGUGAACAAGGACCGUUUGGUUGCCAUCUUGGAGAGAAUGUUGGAUGAGAACGAGUUUUUGUCUGAGUUUGGUAUUCGUUCGUUGUCCAAGUAUCACGAAGAUCAUCCAUUCGAGUUGGAUGUCCACGGCCAAAAGUAUGAAGUCAAGUACCUUCCUGGAGAGUCUGACUCGGGAAUGUUCGGUGGUAACUCUAACUGGAGAGGUCCCAUUUGGUUCCCUGUCAAUUUCCUCUUGGUGGAGUCCUUGCAGAGGUUCUAUUUGUACUAUGGCCCAGAAUUGAAGGUGGAAUGUCCAAAGGGUUCUGGUGAGUAUUUGAACUUGGCCCAGUGUGCUCAGGAAAUUCAACACAGAUUAAUCCACUUGUUCCUUCCCGAUGUGAAGGGUAAUAGAGCUUGUAACGGUGACAACGACUUGGUCAACCAAGAUCCACACUUCAAGGAUUAUGUGCCAUUCUACGAGUAUUUUGACGGUGACACUGGCAGAGGGUUGGGUGCCUCGCACCAGUGUGGAUGGACUGCAGUUGUUGCAAAGUGGAUUCAUGAUAACGGUGUAUCUUGCAGAGUUCCAAAGACUCCAAAGACUCCACAUCCUGCACCAGCAAGACGUAACUCUAUCCAUUCAUUUGAUAAGGAGGACUCACCAACUAAGGAUGAAGACGAGGACGAUUUGAUGAGACAGUUCGCUCCUAAGGCGGGACCAUUCCCUGGAAGGUUGAUGCGCAGACGGAGUGGAAAGUCUUUGUUGAACUUGACCAUCCAUUCUUUGGAUCUUGGAGACGAAGAAAACGUGGAGCGUGACGUGCCGGUCUUGAAUACUGGGGAAAGAAAUGUCACCGCUGAUUAUGACUCUGAGUUGAGUCGAUCCGUUUCGAGAAGUUCUGUGGACUCUAAGACAUAUGACGAUAACUUGGUCGGCCAGAUCAGAGCUGCUUUCCACAAAUACAAGUCUAGAACAGAUGAGGAUGAGGGAGACGAAUUUGAGACCAGACACUAA